AUGAAAGUUAAGUUAGAAUUCGAUCCGUAUGGCUCUCCAGGACAAAUUAAAGUGUCUGAAGAUUUGUACCCAACCAGCAUACCUUCUUUCUCCACAUUUGCACAAAUUACACUACCAUGUUACUCAAAAGAGCUGCAAAAAACAUUUAUAUAUUGGUACUCUGUAGAUAAAUCUUUACCUUAUGAAACCGUUAAGAUCCCCAUAGACCAUUAUGAAAUUAAACCUUAUGAUCCAACUUUUGAUUUCUGUGAGUUUACACCUUUAGAAAACGAUUUCGAUGAAUAUGUAUCACCUUUAGAUAUUAUCGGAAUAACAUUAGAUCCAAUACUUUAUGAUAAAAUAUCACAAUUACCUUCGAACAAUGAUAAAGUAAGCUUUCUAGCAACGAAAUUUGAUAUUAGGGAUAAACAAUCGAUAAUAUACAAGAAUCAAUGGCUACAUCAGAAAUUAUGUAGUGUAACAUACUGUAAACCUCAUCCAUAUGGUAUAAUUGAUUUCAGUAGGACAAAAAUUAUACUUACAAAGGAAAAAGAAUACAACAACGGUAAUAAAGAGGACUCACAUAUUGAUUGCUCCAACAUUCAAAUAGCAUGUCUUCCGUAUCAUUUACCAUUAGAAUUGAUAACUCCGAAUGUCUACGUAAAGAAUCAUGAUGAUACGCUUUUUGCAUAUGCCAAUCACGAUGUUUUUACCAAGCUCAAGAUUAGUAGUGGUUCAUUGGUGCAAAUUUCAAUUUAUGGUAAGUCGACUCAUUUGAGACUGUUCGUACUUUUUCAACCAAAUAAUUUUAUUAAUAACACAAUAUAUUUACAUCCUCGAGUAAAAAGUUUAUAUCCAAGCCAUGAAAAUGUCCAUAUUCAAAAAUGUAUUAUUGAAGAAACGUUGCCAAUUGCUUCAAAAGUGAUCGUAUCAAGAGUUGGUGGUUGGAUUCAGACCCAAAAGAUAUACCAAGAUAUUAUUCUGCAAAGCCUAAAAGCUUUUUUUUCAAAUAAGGAUAGAAUAUUUAAAAUUAAUGAUCUUAUACCUAUUACAUUUGACAAAUCUUUGUCAUCUCUGACAUCUGAACAGACCAUUACUGAAUGGGGUGACUGGAAUGUUAGUGAGGUAAAAGAUGGUUCUGAUACGUUGGUAUGGUUUAAGAUUACAUAUGCAGAAUUAAAAUUAUCUGAUGGUGAUGAUAUUGGGUCCUCUUCGAAGAUUUUUGAAGGAGACUUUAUAAUAGAUCCCGUGAAUACCAAAGUCAGUACUAGCAACAUAGUUCGUGAAUCUUCAGAAGUCACACUUAAUGAGGACUAUGAUGCCUACUACCAACUACCAUCUUCAUUUAACUACCAUCCCGGUAUCUUUCCAUACUAUAAUGAUUUUUCUAAUAUCAUUAGGUCAUCUGUAGCAUGUCUUAAAAGGGGUAUUGCUGCAGAAACUCAGAUUUUACUUCAUUCUACAAGCAGUAAUGUUGGUAAAUCAACGUUAGUCAAACGCAUUGCAACAAAAUUUCAAAUUAAUCUCAUUGAUUUUGACUGUAUUUCUUUUUCGUACAGUCAAGGCUCAUUAGAUUCUAUCACCAAAAUUAUAGGUUUCCUCAAGGCAAAACUUGAAGCAGUUCUUCCCUACGUUGACUCUACAAUUGUUUAUAUGUCCCAUUUUGAUGUUUUAUUUCCACCUAUUGAUCCAAAUCAAGAUCAAAAUACAACGAAAAUAGCAAGAACUUUGGAGUUAGGGUUACUUAACAGUAUUGGUUCAGUGAUGAAAAAAUAUAGGAAUGUAAUAUUUGUUGCCUCUGUUAAUGAAAUAGAUAAUUUACCAAGUACAGCUAGAGCUUUCUUUAAGUUUGAAGUAGGUGUGCCAGUGCCAACAGAAGAACAAAGAUUAUCGAUAUUUGAAUGGUACCUUUCAUCGAAACAAUUGAACCAAAGUUACAGUCCCGUGGUAAAGAAACAAAAAUUCGUUCUAGGUUCAGACGUUGAUAUGCAACAUCUAGCUGUUCAUUCUGCUGGUUUAACCCCUAUUGAUAUAUGUUCAAUUGUCAGUAAUGCAAGAGAAGACUCUAUCGAGAAGGUCUGUGAGUCAAAACAGAACUUAUCUAUAGAAUUGGAUAUGGCCACAUUAGAUAAAGCAAUUUCCAAUGCAAGAGAUGAAUAUUCGGUAUCUAUUGGUGCUCCAAAAAUUCCAAAUAUCACAUGGGAUGAUAUAGGUGGUGUUGAUCAAAUUAAGAGUGAAAUUAUGGAUACUAUUGAUAUGCCAUUAAAGCAUCCUGAGUUAUUUGCAUCCGGUCUAAAGAAGAGAAGUGGUCUGUUAUUUUAUGGUCCACCUGGUACAGGUAAAACUCUAAUGGCAAAGGCUAUAGCCACUAACUUUUCGUUGAAUUUUUUUAGUGUAAAAGGUCCCGAACUGUUAAACAUGUAUAUAGGUGAAUCAGAAGCUAAUGUGAGACGUAUAUUUCAAAAAGCACGGGAGGCUAAACCUUGUGUCAUUUUCUUUGAUGAAAUUGACUCUGUGGCUCCAAAGAGAGGUAAUCAAGGUGAUUCUGGUGGUGUAAUGGAUCGAAUUGUUUCCCAAUUAUUAGCUGAGCUAGAUGGGAUGAGUUCUGGCUCUAGUGAUGGUUCUGUAAGUGAGGGAAUCUUCGUUAUUGGUGCUACCAAUAGACCGGAUUUGCUUGAUGAGGCCCUCUUGAGACCCGGUAGAUUUGAUAAACUGUUAUAUUUGGGUAUACCUGACACUAAUGAAAAACAAUUAAACAUUUUAAAAGCAUUGACUCGUAAAUUUGAAUUCCAUGAGGAUGUUGACCUACUGCAAGUUGCUGAAAAUUGUACAUUUAACUACACGGGGGCAGAUUUUUAUGCCCUUUGUUCGGAUGCUAUGUUAAAGGCAAUGACACGAAUUGCUCAUACUGUGGAUAAAAAAUUAACUGAGUACAACCAGCAGAAAAAUGCGUCUCAGGAAAAGUCGGUCUCUCUGAAUUACUGGUUCGACCAAGUUGCCACUGAGGAGGACACAUCUGUGACUGUCCGAAUGGAAGAUUUUGUCAAUGCUCAGAAAGAAUUGACGGUAAGUGUUUCACAAGAUGAAUUAAACCAUUACCUGAAAGUUAAAAGGGAUUUCGAAGGUUAA